UUUUAUUUCCUUUUUAAGUCCUUUAAUGCCCAUUCUUUAAUCACCUAUCUAAUCUUAAUUCUUCAAUUAUUUUAUUUCCUUUUAAGUCCUUAAGGCCCACUCUUUAAUCACCUAUCUAAUAUUAAUUCUUCAAUUAUUUGCAGGAAUUAUUCAUCUAGAUCUCUAUAUCAAAAGCUUAUCAAGGAUGUCAAAGGCUUCACCAAUUUGGCUGCCUAUAUUCUUCUUAUUUGCUCAACUAUUUCAUGCAUCACAAGCUGAUCUUGGAACUGCCAGCCAGUAUAAGCCACCAUAUACACCGACGGAGUGUUUUGGGAAUGAUCCAACACAAUUCCCAUCAAGCAACUUCUUUGCAGCAGCAGGGGAAGGAAUAUGGGACAAUGGAGCAGCAUGUGGAAGACAAUAUUUGAUCAGUUGUAUUAAUUCAGUGUUACCUAAAGCAUGUAAAGCUGGAGAAACAAUUCAAAUAAAGAUAGUUGAUAGGGCAAAAACAUCACAAUCAAGACCAACUAAAGAAGGAACCACCAUGGUUCUUUCUAAUGCUGCUUUAGCUGCCAUUGCUCUUCCAAAUACACCUUCACUCAAUAUUGAUUUCAGACAGGUGUAGAAAUAUUGGUACAGGACGUGGGAGUCAUGACAUUCUAUAUAUUCUAGAAAAUCUGACUAAUUAUAUCUAUAAUAUUCUAGAAUGAAUCUUUGAUUAAUCCGUCAGUUAUUAAUAUUAGUCAUUGACUAAUUAUACGUUGAAUCGACAAAAUUUGUCAAUAAUGUAAACGAACAAAAUAUUGAUUAGCAGCUAUUUAAGAAAAUUGGGACACCUUCAUAU